CCAGGCGCCCGAAGAUGUUCCUUUUUAAGGUAUCACUCAGGCAACCGCCCUCACAAGGUACCAGGAUCAUCUAUGACCGGAAGUUCUUGAUGGAAUGUCGGAACUCACCUGUGACCAAAACACCUCCACGGGACCUGCCCACCAUUCCCGGAGUCACCAGCCCCACCAGUGAGGAGCCCCCCACAGAGCCCAGCCAGAACCACCUGCGCAACAGCCCAGAAGAUAAGCCGGCUGGUGGUGAAGAGUCACAGUUUGAGAUGGACAUUUAAAGGACCAGCCAUUGAAUCGAGCAGUGCCUCUGGGCCCCCCUGGCCCUUCUCGGGAGAAGAGUCACACCAGUCAGGCCUUUUGCGAGUCAUAAUCCUGGGCAGGCAUUGAGCCAUGGGGUCAGCCAUCCUGGCCCUCCGCUCCCUCACUCAGGGCACCUUCUCCCCCUUCCUCUUCGUGAACACCAGCGGAUACCUCCAUGUGCCUCCAUUCAUGCAGAAGCUGCCACCCUAACAGGAGUGACUCUCAUGAGCACACCCUGCAACCCAGGGCCAGGAUUGGACGUGGUGGAGCCCUUUUGAGUGAUUAUCCAGCUCUUCCAGCCCCAUCCUCUGGGGGCGCACCCACCCCUUCCUUAGUGCGUGGUGUGCGUGGGAAAACUUCCCUCCCCCUCCUUCCCCAAGAGAGGAAAUAAAAGCCACCUUUGCCCUAGGGCCAAAAGUUGGCCCCUGUCUGA